AUGAAAGGAUACAGAGUAGAAGCAUCAGAUUUAAUAAGGAAAGAAAGUUUAUCAUCAUCACUGAAAGAUGUAGAAAAGGCUAAAGCUUCAUGGGAUAGGAAUAUCAAUAACAAUAAUAGUGAUGAUGAUGAUAACGACGAUGUUAAUACACCAUCGAAG